AUGGUCGUGUACAACGAUGUAAGGGACUAUCAGCACGCGGCAAGGGCUCAAGGCGCCGCACCAGAAAACCCUCUACUGCUAGACGACGAUGAAGAUGAACAUGUCAACCGCCGCCAAGCGACUCCGAGCGCUGAGGGUCUCCCGUACGACCCCGGGCGUGAAAUCACGCCCUCGGAUACCUACACUCCGCCCGAGCCCUACGACAACUGA